AAAAACAUGUAGAUGUGAGAGUCUGAGUCUUAAGUAGAAGUGUCGCUUCAUAGUUCCAAGCUAGAAGACUCGGAUUUAGGAGCUGAUAGUGAAGCUCAUACUUCCCUCUGAUCGAGGGUAUAGGAAUGCUUAAAAGCUUAAAGCUGUUAAUGGAAAUCAUGGAAGCUGGUAAACUCUUUCUUCACUGCUAGACGAGACUGCCUAAAACCGGUCCUCAUAUAUCAAUAGAGAAGGUCAAAGUAGAAGAGACAUAUUUGCUGUCUGUUAUUUUUAUCUUUGGAAAUUGCACUGCUUUCCGGCAAAGACUUCUUGGAUCUUUUCUGUCUUUGUUAUCUUUAUCCAUGGCUAUGUUAUGUUAGGUCUAGUUGAUGUUUCAUAAUGUCGUUGGAGGGAUGACAUCAAGAAGGGCAGGACAUAUGAACUGUGCACUCAAAAAAUAGGCUGUUGAGCUCCACCUCCUUUUAAAGGUUGGUCAUCUGUUUCCCAGGAUACAAAGAAUGGAGUCAAAACCCUCAAGAAUUCCUCGCAGAAUAUCUGUUCAGGCUUCCAGCUCUUCCCUAGGAUCUAGGACAUUGACUGGAAACAGUUUAGCUGGUGCAUAUAGUGCAAGAGAAUCUUCAUGGAGAUUAGAAUCUGGAUACCAGGAACCCAGUGUAUUGAAUAGUUCCGGUAGAGACUGGGGAAUUGGAGAAAGAGACACCCGCGAGACUCCUUGGAAGCUUUCAGUGUCCUCUCCAACCCGCUACUCAGGGACACUCGAUCAUCCACAUUCUGGAAGAUUUUUGGGAAGCAGGAGCAGAUUGUCGACAUCGUCUUCCUCUUAUUUUUCAUCUGGAUGUUAUGGUGAGUCUGAGAGAACUCAGGGAGCAUAUUCAAGACAGCAGCAAGACAGUGAUUCAAAGAGACCUAAGCUAUCGUGUACAUCUACCUCUUCUGUGAGAAGUAAUGGCUUGUCUGCCUUUUCAGAUUCCUCAUGGAGAUGCAGUAGGAUUCCUAGGUCUUCAUCAGUGAUGCGAAGAGAGUUAGAAAGAACAACAGAUCUGUCCGUUAACAAUGUGGUGGAUCCGACCUACAGAAACAGUGACUUUUCACCUUCAACGUACCUUCAAGACAGACCUGCCUCUUCAUAUGCGGAGGGAGCAAGACCAAAAGAGAGCUCCUUAAGCACUUUGAGGCUGAAUGCAUCUGUGAACCGCCAGUUGCCUUCUGAUCCUCAGCCAUCUUUUUUCAACAGAGACUCUAAUAUGAGCUCUUCAAGAUCCAGCUAUUCUUUGAGGCAAAGGAGAAAUGAAUUGGAAUUUCCCCAGAGGAGCAUGCACCCAGCAUUUUCUCUUACUGCCAUGAGAGAUGAAACCCCUUCCUCAAGGGGUUCUGAAAGGGUUUUAUCUUCCCAGAGGUCACCGAAUGAGCCUGCAGCUGACAGUGAAGGGAGGCGCACAACCAGGCAGCUGCUGUCCCGUUUAGCAUCUAGUAUGUCAUCUACAUUUUUCUCUCGAAGGUCGAGCCAAGACCCAUUGCAUACAAGAUCAUUAGGCUCUGAAGAGUCAACAGUGGUCCCAAGAGUUCAGGCUUCUGCUCUGUCGAGUAGUAAUGGAGCUGCAACUCCGGAAGUUCCAGGACUUCAGUCAUCUGAAGCUUCUCAGGGGUUUAGUUUUCUUGGACGAAGAUGGGGUUUAUCAGGAGUUUCACAGAAUCGCAACUCUGAUUCAGAUGGGGACAGCUACAGACCAGACUCUGAAAGUAGGAGCGCAGGAUCCUGGUUGUCAUCCUCUUUGAGGAACAGAUGUACACCUCUCUUUUCUAGAAGAAGAAGAGAAGGAAGAGAUGAAUCUGCAAGGAUCUCUACCUCUGAUACAACUGCUAGAUCACACCAUGUCUUUAGAAGGAGAGAGUCAGGUGAGGAGACCUCUCUUGAAGCAUCAGGUAGCCCUCCUCGGGCUUCUGUUAGCAGACCACCAACACCUGCAGUGUCUGGUAUUUCUACAGCUACUGCCUCCCCACCAGAUUCAGCCCACAGUAGAAGUUCUGGAAUUCUACCUGGUUCUCUCUUUCGCUUUGCGGUGCCUCCAACAUUAGGAAGCAGUCUAUCUGACAAUCUUAUGAUAACUGUAGAUAUUAUUCCCUCUGGCUGGAAUCAAUCUGAUGGACAAGAAAGUGGCAAGUCUAAAGUACCACCUUCAAGAGAUCCAGAAAGACUUCAGAAAAUUAAAGAGAGCCUGCUUUUAGAAGAUUCUGAAGAUGAAGAGGGUGACUUAUGCAGAAUCUGUCAAAUGUCCUCUGCAAGUUCUGACAACCUUUUAAUAGAGCCAUGCAAAUGCACUGGAAGUCUGCAGUAUGUUCACCAGGAAUGCAUGAAAAAAUGGCUUCAGUCCAAGAUUAAUUCAGGUUCUUCUUUGGAAGCAGUGACAACUUGUGAAUUGUGCAAGGAGAAGUUACAUCUGAAUCUGGAAGACUUUGACAUUCAUGAACUCUAUAGGGCACAUGCAAAUGAACAAGCAGACUAUGAAUUUAUCAGCUCUGGUCUCUACCUUGUAGUGUUGUUACACUUAUGCGAGCAGCGCUUUUCUGAUAUGUUAGGAACUGCCAACGAGGCCAGCACACGUGUCAGAUUUAUUAACCUUGCAAGAACUCUUCAGGCACAUAUGGAAGAUAUUGAAACUUCUGAAGAUGAUUCUGAAGACUGAUGCUGGCAGAACUUUCCUACUGCAAGAAACAAAUGGAAUUGCUGCAGAAAUGCUGAACUGGCAAGAACAACGUCAACAUGCAUUUGUUUUAUUCUUCUCCUUAGUAAAAAGCGCAUUGAAUAUCCUUGUGGUUUUUGAAGCAUUGUUGAAUCAAAAUAAACUGAUGCACAGUGGAACUCUCAGUGGACUUGAGAACUACUCAGCAUGUGUGAGGAUUAGAUACAUAGAAAGCAACUUCCCUUUUUAAAUUAUGAGGAGGAUGAGCUUUGUUUUGGAGGACAUCAGAUUUUGAAUAUUUAAGGAAGCUUUAUCUCCCUUUGUGUUUCCUUCUUAUUGUAGUCACAUUUCUGGUUUUGUCUUAACCGAGGUUUGCUCCUCUACUGGCACUAAGUGGUUAUAGUGGGUUUCAGGGGUAGGGUGGGGAUGUCCAUGUACUGAAAUAGGUUUUGUUUGGGUGUUCUUAAAUGCUCUUUUGCCGCAUCAUAUAAUAACUGAUUGCUUCUGUUGUUAAUAAAUGAACAGGAGGAUAAGCAAGAUACUGUAGAAAUUGUUUGGGUUUUGGUUUAUUUGAAGAUUCUUAUUUAACUGAAAAAGCAAUAAGAACUUGCAGUGAUCUUUUAAUACUUGGUGAUGGCUUUUUUAUUUACCAGUUUGGAAAUUGGAGAUUAUAUUUGAUAUCAUGUGGCUGAUCCAUUAUGGAAUAUUGGAGGUGUAAACUCUUGCAUUUCAGCAUUCCUAGCAGAUAUGCAACUUGAUAAAGACCUAAGGUUGCUUAGUUUAAUCAGAGUUUUUUUAGAUCCCACCUUCACUGUUCAAAGCACUGGUUAUCAAGGUGUUUUCUAGUGUUGUCACUUCUUUAUAAAUAAAGACAAAAGAGGUAUGCAUCUCUACUGGUAUUGUCCAUUUUAUUGAAAUAUGGAUGUUUACCAGAACUUACACUUGAAAACAUAGAAAGCUGUAGUCUGUGGUAUAUCUUUACUAAUGUUUAUAGAUUCUUAUGCAGAUAUUUAAGAUUGUUUCUGACCAUUUUGGACUGAAAAGCUUUAUAUGAAUGGUGGUACAAUAAAUUCUCAUACAUGUAUUGGAAUUGUA